AUGGGGUCUGUUUCCAACCAGCAGUUUGCAGGUACAAAGCCGGGAGAGGAGCCGACCGGAGACUCGCCCAAGGCCGAGAACGAGCCCCAGCCGCUGCACGGCUCCGGUAUCUGUAAGUGGUUCAAUGUCCGCAUGGGCUUCGGCUUCCUCUCCAUGACCGCCAAGGGCGGCGCGACCCUCGAUUCGCCCGUCGAUGUGUUCGUGCACCAGAGCAAGCUCCACAUGGAGGGUUUCCGCAGCCUGAAGGAGGGCGAAGCUGUUGAGUUCACCUUCAAGAAAUCAUCCAAAGGUUUGGAGUCCAUCCGGGUGACCGGCCCUGGAGGCGUCUUCUGCAUCGGCAGCGAGAGGAGACCCAAAGGCAAGAGCCUCCAGAAACGCAGAUCGAAAGGAGACCGGUGCUACAACUGUGGCGGGCUGGACCACCACGCCAAGGAGUGCAAGCUGCCCCCACAGCCCAAGAAAUGCCACUUCUGCCAGAGCAUCAGCCACAUGGUCGCCAACUGCCCCGCCAAAGCACAGCAGUCACCCAGCUCCCAGGGCAAACCUGCCUACUUCCGAGAGGAGGAGGAUAUGCACAGCUCAGCCCUCCUCCCUGAAACCCGGGAAUGA